AUGUACAAGGAAUCUCGGAUGGCAUUAAUUCUAGACGGAACUGGCUGUUCGGGCAAAACAUCUAUGCUACAAAAGUUCGCUUCAGAGAGAUUCAAGGUCAUUAUUGGGGAUUAUGCAGAGGAUUGCAUUCAAUACGGAUCAUUCAAGAACAAGAAUAAUGAUAAUGUGCUUGAGCUUACAUAUAUGUUAUUCCAAUUUGAAUGGUCCAUGAUAUUCUAA